GUCAUAACAAAGACCACCUGUUGAGUGCGAAUAGAAAGCUUUGUUGUUGCGAGUCGCUGUGAUGGUUUUGGUAGUGUUUUGCUUGUGAGAAUCAUGUCUGUCUUAUUAAAAAAUGUAACGAACGGCAUCUGGCAUGCAUUUAAUGCACUAGUCGUUGAUAAAAAUGGUUUGGUAGUGAAAUCUAAGCUGAAGGUUUUGACUGCAAAUAUAGGCACUAUUCUGGAUUUAUAUGGAGUUGAAAAGGGCCUGGAACAUUACCGCAGUACUAAAGAAUUGAAUUUCGAGCAUUUUAAGUAUUAUCUACAGAAAGAGUUGUUCUCGUCGCUGCCGGACAGCUCCUCGCUGGCGGUGAUGCGGGACUACGAGUACCGGAUCGACGAGGUGUGCUGGCUCGUGUGCAAGAAGCACUACCUGCAGCGCGACAAGCCUGUCUUCUCCGACGCCUGCGUCUUCAAUCUGUUCCGCAUGUUCUGCCUGCUGGCCGACCUCGUGCCCGACUCGGAGACCACCUUCCAGGUGGUGGUGCCCGCGGCGGAGGUGGGCGGCGUCGCCAAGCAGCUGGUCACCUCCCUGGGGCUGGACUGGGACGCCACGGACUUCGAGGCCCUGUCGGGGGCCAUCCUGGUGUUCCGCUUCUCCACGUUCCUGGCCGUGCUGGAGAGCAAGUACUGCGGGGGCGGCUCCUUGGAGCCGGAGGGACUGCGCGAGGCCGUGCACGACCUGUACCAGACCUUCCUGCAGGAUGUCAUCAAGAAGGGGCUGCUGCAGAAGCGCGGCUACCUGCUGCCCACGAUGCGGGAGUACUGGUUCGUGCUGCGGCCGGCCGAGCUCAGCUACUACAAGGGCCAGGACGAGCGGGAGGCGGGCGGGGCCAUCGCCCUGGACCCCAUGUGCUGGGUGGACGCGUGCCAGGGCUCGCCGCGCGACCGCGUGCAGCGCUUCGUGCUCAGCACGGCUGAGCGCAGCUUCGAGCUGGCCGCGCCGGACCACAGGAGCCGGCUGCAGUGGCUGGCCGCGCUGCGCACGGCUAUCGCGCACUCGGGGGGCACGGACGGCUACCAGCGGCUGCAGGUGGCGCGCAGGCGGCAGCAGCGCGCGGCCGAGCUGUCGCGGCUGUGCGAGGAGAGCCAGCGCCGCACCAGCCAGAUCCACGACAUGGAGCAGACCAAGGCCCUGCUGCAGCAGGAGAAGAUGGCGCGGGCGGCCGCGGAGCUGCAGGCGCAGCACCUGGAAGCCGUGCACCGGCAGGAGGAGAAGCGCCUGCUGGAGCUGGAGGACGUGCGGGCGCGGCUGGAGCGGCUGCUGGAGGAGGAGACCCAGGCCAAGCGCGACGAGGAGAUAGUGCGCAACCUGCAGGCCCGAGUCCUGAGGGAGGAGUGGGAGAAGCGGGAGGAGCUGGAGCGACUCCAGGAGGAGCAGAGGUCGCUGCUGGAGAUGGAGCGCGAGAAGAGGGUCGAGUUCGAGAUGCGGCAGCGAGACAAGGAGAUGGAGCUGCAAGAGGCGGAGGCGCGCCUGAGGCAGCUGGAGGAAGAGAGGCUGCGGCUGGACCGGGAGCUGGGCUCGGCGCAGGACAAGAUCACCAUCUCGGAGCGCUCCAAGGAGGUGCUGGAGGCCAGGCUGAGGGUGAUGGCGCCGCAGGUGCGGGAGACGGACCGGGUGCGAAGGGCCCUGUCCUUCAUGCCGUCCACCAAGCAGCGGCCGGCGAGCCUGCAGGCCCGCUAUGCCAGCCUGCGCCGCGACGACCCCCAGUGAGGCGAGCCCGCGGGUACUUGCCACCGCUGCCGGGGGUGUCCGUCUCUCGCGACUCGCAGUCCGUGUGCGACUCGAGUGAAACUUCUUGCUUGUUAUAUUUUUAUGAAUAGGAAGCGUGAUUCUCUUUGACUGAGGUCGCAGAUAAAAAAAAAUAAUGCAAGUUUACAAGUAUGAAAGUAUGCAAGUGUUUAAGUGUAAAGUAUGCAAGUGUUUAAGUGUAAAGUAUGCAAGUGUGCAAGUGUGCAAAAAUGACGGUGUGCAAAAAUGAAAGUGUUCAAGCAUGAAAGUGUUACCUCUCCCCUGUCGUCUCCUCUGCUGGUUCCCCCACCACGCACCUAACUAUUCCCUUCAUAUGAUCAGAAUUUUCGUAAUGCUCGAAAAUUGUAGCCAUUUCAACAAGAAGUUUCACUUCAAAAAAAUUUCAUGUACCUAAUUAUUUGCCCUAAAACAUGAAAUAACAUAGCAAAAAAAAAAAAACAAUUUUGCUUUAUGUUAGUAUGAUUUUCAGUUAUAUACAUAAUUAAUAUGUUCGAAAAGCAUAAUAUUGCUUGAAAACAAUCAAAAUUGUAGAAUGAAUGUAAGCAAUAUUUUUCCAAUGCAAACCUUGUUAGCUCAACACAAGGGGCUGUAAUUAUGGACCUUUCAGGUUCAAAUUAGUGAGUUUUCACUGAAUGUCAGUAACAUUCCAAGAUAGUGUUAACGUUGAAUCAAGGUUGAGAUAUUAAAGAUGAUAUUCCGCGAAGUUGUAGUCUUCCGCUGUUAUCCGUGCUCCUGAGUGAGAGGGUAUUGUUCCUUCAGAUACUAAUGUAAGUGUAGGCUUUAAGUGGAAUGUUAGGAAAACUAAGGAUUUGAGUUUAAUUUGUGUAGUUUUAAGCAACAAGUGAUACGCAAAGUCAUCUUGAUGUUGCCGAGAUGAAACUGGUUCAUUGCAGCGAAAUUUGGAGUAUAAGCCAACACUAUAUAUGAGAUGGUUGGUCAUUUUUCCAUGACUGAAAGUAGGACAAUAAGUAUGCAUCUUCGUAGGCGCAUUGAGGCCACUUUUCUUAAGCAUUGUAGUAGCACAUUGGGUGGCAUUUUAUUAUGUAAGUGUAAAAAGAUGGUAAAGAAAGCCUGCUUGAAUUUCGCUCCUUACCAAAUAAGAAUCAAGGACUUGACAGCAAUAAUGAAUGGGGAGGAAGGCUUAAGAUGGCUUCCAACAGUUUUAUAAACAAAAGGAGGGAGACAAGUUUAAACAACCUUGUGUUUGAAUCCUGGAGUAGAAAAUGACACCAUAGCAUAAAGAAAAGUAUGAACAUCGAAUUUCAACAUGUGGAGGUUGUAAGUGUGAAUACAAGAUAAAACUAACUGUUGCCCAUCCUCUUUCAUGCAAAUAAAACUUUAUGAUUUUAAAAACUCCAUAAAAUUAUCUUUUUUGCAUGUUAGUAUUUUUGGUGACAACAUUAAUUUUAAGCUAUAAUUAAAACAACAAUGUACAGUUUUCUUACCAACAUAUACUUCAUUAAAUUUAUUUUAAAUAAUACUUAAAAUUAUAGAAUGUUGUUGUACUACUUUUCAGUGACUUUAAUUUUUUUUCGUUAACAUUUUAGUACCCUGGUUACAGUGCAGUACAAUAAUUGUGAUUAGCCACAAAUUAAUAGUGUAAAAAGGAAUCUCACUGCAGUUAAUGUAAUACCUGAGUUUUCCUAACGUUCUAAAAUUAGAGAAAAAAUUAUAAUUGAAUUUAUAUUUUGAUAAAAUACUAUGAUUACGUGUCGUAACCUGUACACAUCGCCGUGUGCCUUAUGUACUUGCCGUUGGAUACAAUUCUUGGCUGUGGAACGUAUCUUUUAAUUAGUGUUGUCAGCUAGUGUAGAAAUGUUAUCUUGCAGCCAAUAUUAGUUCCUGGCUGGGUUUUCGUACAACGCUAUUACUCAACCAAUACAGGUGAGAAAGUUUUUACCUUUAUAUUUUGAAUCUCAUUGAUGAGUGUAGAAUAAACACGUGUUUCAUUGUGGGUUUUAUCGGAAGACAAACGAAAGCAUGAAGUUGAGGUUGUGUUCCAAUGUUACCAUUUUAAUUCUUGUGAAAUGUAAUAUUUGCUUGCUAUGUCUGGGUCUUCAGCACAAGUCGCACGCUGAAUGACGCUGUAGUUUUAUUGUAAGUGCCAUUAUCAAACUGGAGUGCCAUCACUAUAACCUGGUUUAUAUAUGUAUCUACAUUUGACAUGUUUAUUUUUUGGCUUCUUCAGUUUUGUCCAAGUAUUUUACAUGAAAUAACUGAUAUGAUCUGAAGCUUGUGUUUGUUAUGAUUUGUAAUUAGUUUAUGUCACUGUGAAGUUCUGAUAAUUUACAUCCAUUUUUAUUGUAAUUUAUUGUUAAUUUAAUACUUUACAUAACAAGCUUUUGUGUAAUUUAUUAAUAGGGAAAACUGAGCUAUGUACUUACAAGAAUGAAACAUGAUAGUCUGAAUCUAACUUAAUUGUACCAUAGUAUGAGACAUGCUUUUAAUAUUUCAUGUUGAAAAAUUACAAAAUGAAAAAUUUAGCAUUCAUUGAAAUCCACAUAUUGGUGUGAUGUUUGUUAAUAUUAUGUCAUUGCAAUCCGUGGAGAGGCUUUUGAGUUGGAACAUGACCUGACGAACACUUUUUUAACUUCGAAUUUUGUAUGUUUUUACAUUGUUUUAUUUGUAGAGUCUAGUUGUGUUUUAUUGGCCUCGGACCUUGAAUUACCACAGGCUUUCACAGGUCUUGCAAAGGAUAAUCAAACUAAUUAUUUUGUUGAAGUGCUGUUUGUAGAAUUGGUAUAAAUUUUAUGAACAAUUGUAUGUUUAUAUUUUGUUAAUGUUAUAUUUUACUAUUACUGUUGUGUGCAGAGUAUCUAUAUUUAACAUGUAUCUACAUGUAUACAUAAAAUACUCAAGUCAA